AUGUCUCACGUAAAUGGGACAAUCGUUUCGGGGCAAAAGAUGGCUUCGAAUGAGAACAAUGAAAAAGGCUCCGAAAUUUCGAUGCUCGUCGGCUUCUUCUUGAUGAAUGGCGUCUGUGUAGUAUUCUUCCUUGUGUUCGGGCUGUGCGUCAUAUUUUCAUGUAUGCGCCGGCCACGAAUGUUUCACGGCAAGAAGAGUACACCUCUGUUCGCACCGCCUUCCCCCUCACCAAAGCCUGAAUCAAAAUUUAAAAGUCUGGUGUCGCGGGCGAUAAAGAGCAAAGAUUUCGGAAAGAUGAAGACGGAAGUUGUUGAAGAAUCGCCGCAACAUAUACCAGCAUUUGGGAAAUCGAACGGGUUAAAUGGAGCUGUGCAAACAGUCCAGUGGAUCAGCUUGGUGACUCCUCACCUCAACUACGACCCCUACAACAUUCUCAGAGUUAUAGAGAAAAAGAAAGGCCUGGAAGAAAGGAACGCCGCGCAUCCUUCGUGCCAGUCCUGGAAAAAGAGCUCGCUGGGGUUGGUGAAGCCGCGCCAAGCUCGC